AUGCCAGAAGAUACAGAUGAACCAUUAAUACCAUCAGGAGCGAACGAGAAGCCACCGAGCGGGAUUACUCCCCUGGAGGUUCCGAUAUACUGUCUGACAAAACUCACCACAGCCGAGAAGGAAACGUAUCGAUCGGCCAUUACUAGAAGUGGAGAUUUCGACAGGGUCUUCCCGAAAUUCAAGCUGUGGACUCGAGACGACAAGGGCAAUCUCCACGACAUGUAUCGCAUUUGGCGUGAGACAGGUGGUGAAGAAAGCCCAUGUCACUUCGCGCUCUUCAUCGAUCGGACUGGCGUGGCGAAUAGCACAAUGCUAGCUGCCCAACCUUGCGCAUAUACCAUGCUAUUCAGCCCUGAAGCAAGCGACUGGGCACGCGAGAAUCUGACAUCGUACCUAAACCAUGUGGAUCCUUCGGGGAACAGUUCACACCAAGUUGAACAGGAAGGGGGACAGUAUGAAGGGUAUAUGGAAGACCUCGUCGAUGAUAUCCUCGGCAAGCGCGGGUUGACGUACGGACGCGUCCCGGCCGGUGCUCUUCGAAGCAUGUGGGCCAAUCUGGAUAUUGCCAAUAUGGAUUUCUUGGAGCUAGUGGAAUACGAGGGCCGAGAUUUGCAGGAUGGUGGGAAAGUGGAGUUGCUGGAAGAUCCUGAAUUUGACACUCAUGCUGUAAUGGCGAAGCUGUGGGCCAUAGAUUUGGAAGAGAAAGCAAAGGAGAGAGCAAAGGCUAAUGAGGUACCUAGCAGGUUGUGA